AUGAGUUUUGCCCGGCCAGCAAGAUGUCUGUUCUGCAGCUUCUCCCGUGCUGCCACCCCGGUCACGCGAAUUCCCCGGCGCCAAUUCCAUCCCGCAACUGCGCUGUUGAACGAAAAGCCCAAAGUCCCGGACAUCAAUGCUUCAAAGACCCAAGCUGUGAACACAUCACAGCCAGAAAAGAAGCCGGAACUCAAACCAGAAGAUUUCAAGGAGUACACGGAGGAGGAGAAGGCUGCGCUGGCCAAGGAGUAUUCGAAGGCACAAAUGGACGCCGUCGCAGCCGGCGAGGCAGCCAUCGAUCCCAAGGACCUGGCAGACCAGUUUAAUCCGCGCCAGGACCCGCUGCACUUCCGCUACCUGGACGACUUCUCGGUGAUUGAGCCCGUGAUUGACCGACACGUGCGGAACCCUCAGUCGAACACGGACUACAAUUGGAAGCCGAAGAGCGAGGAAGAUUUUGCGGAAGACCUUGGCAAGUAUAUUGCAGAUAUGCCCGACGAGGCCGAUAACAUCGAUUUCAUGCGGUUCCUCGAUGAGGUACGGGUCACCCGCGGUAAGGAGGAAAACGAAUUGAAGCCUCACAGCGCGCUUGUGCCGGAGCUCUUCGGACCCGGUGAGACCGUCGAUGAGCCCCGCAUCGAGGAACAAAAAUCGGCCUUCGAAAGGGGCGAAAAGGAGAGAUCGCGGGUAGCUGAGGAAAUGUCUGAAGGCCAUCAAAACCUUCUUAUGACAACUGGCUACACCAGUAGCCAAGCACAGAACAUCCGGACCAAGGUUCUCGUCUCACACAGUGUUGUCAACCAGACCCGACUAGGCAAGAUCCGCCGCCAGUACUGCCUGGCCGUUGCCGGGAACCAGAAAGGUCUGCUGGGUAUCGGCGAGUCCAAGUCGGACGAAGGCACGGAUGCCAAUAUUCAAGCAAAGGCCCGCGCCAUUCGAAACAUGCAGCCGGUCCCGCGCUACGAGAACCGCACCGUCUAUGGCGACUUGACCGGCAAGGUGGGAGCUGUGGAGUUGAAGUUGAUGCACCGUCCACCAGGCUUUGGUCUUCGCGUCCAGUAUCUCAUCUGGGAGAUGUGCCGUGCUGCCGGUAUUCGCGACCUCUCGGCGCGCGUCAACCGCUCCCGGAACCCGAUGAACACGGUCAAGGCCACGUACAAGGCGCUCAUGAGCCAGCGUGAUCCGGAAGAAAUUGCCCGUGCCCGGGGCAAGAAGAUUGUCGAUGUGCGCAAGGUGUACUACGCGAAUCAGGUUUAA